AUGAAGCUUUUUAAUUUCCUCCUCGGCUCUGCCCUCAGUAUCCAUCCUUUUACUUCCGAAGCCCCUACUACGCAAAACCCAGAUAAGUGCCAGAAUAUCCACAUCGUCUACGGAUCCCACAAUAAGAACAACAAGUUGAAGUUUAUCUCUGAAACUUCUGCUCUCGUCCAGUACGAUGUCAAAUACAGUAGCGAAGCUUCUCAUGAUGUCCGAACCGAUGCAUACAUUGGUUUUCUCCAAUUCUUUGUUGGAAAAUGCGGCAAUGACUUUCUCCAAGCGAUGGUAGACCACCGAGUCAGCUUUUCUUUCUUGGACAAGACUGAAUACUACACCACCGACCAUUUUGCUCGAUACAAGGAGAACGGCAACUGGUCCAAAUCUGUGAUCCAGUUCAAUGCUAAAGGACUUCCACCAGCUCCAGUUCAUCAUCGAAACCAGAUCCAAAAUGGUGGUGGAGAUCGCCCUCACCUUGGAACCAAGAGAUCUGAUCGAUACAUGCUCCAGAUCAACGGUCUUGACCAGGUUGACUGGACUGGAGUCAACAAACUCGAGUGUCUCUACGGUGCGAAAUCUGCUUCUGCUCCAGAAGAUUACAGCGGCGAAGACUUCACUUACUGCGCCCUGAAUAACAACUAA